UGGCGGACAUGUGGAAGUAAGAUAAAGCUUUAAAAAGGCUUAUUUUGAAAUAUUUACUGUGUUGACAGGCACCGUUCUGUAGAACAUAACGAAGAAAUACGGCUAAAUUUGAUGAGGAACUUUAGCAAGCUCAGACAGGACCUUUGAGGUGCACGGUAAACAGAACAACUUUAUAGCGAUGAAUCUUACUUGAUAUAUAUAUAUAUAUAUAAUCACAUUGAACAGUGGCUUUCUAUGAUAAUUGAAACUGAUAAGAUUGUGUUCAAAACUUCUUAAUAAGUGUUUAUAACGGGGACGGAAGGAAAUACGGGUUAAGUGAUAAACUAGUUGUGAACUGAUUUUUUUUGGGGUUAGAUUAAAGAGAUUUAAAUGCAAAUGGGUUGUUACCGGUGAGAGAAAUUAUAAAUUUGGACUAAAUAAGAAGUGGUUUAAAUGCUACUGUUUCUUACACGGGAAGUGAUUACCUGUUGUCAAGAUGGAUCCAAAACUGUUUGAAAAUGGAGAUGUAUAAGAAUGUAAUCAAUAGUGACUGUAUAGAAGUAACUUGUGCUAAAGAUAAUAAUUGAGGUAUUAAGGAAGGGGAAGAAAAGAAGUUUUGUUUAAAUGUUAAAUGCAAACAUAAUAGUUGAUCCAAGAAUGGCAGGCUUAUUACGAUGUAAUAACUGUUCCAUGAACUUUAAUUCUCAACAUUUACUGACAAAACACAAGUUGAAAUUUUGUGUCGGUAGCACCGGUGACCCCGAUGAUCUUCAGCUGAAGAGGGGAUUCAGAUCAACAUCACCCCGUGUAAUAGUUUCACCAGAAGAUCGGAAGAUUGAAAAUAGGGCAAAGGCGCCUGCUUCACCGCAACUUAUAGCAACCACAAGAUCUGCGAAGUCUCCACCUUUCCUAUCACAGAAAUUACCUGGUGACAUCCAGGAACAGUCUGAAAGUUUCUAUCGCAAUCCUCAAAUGUUGAAAGGGGGUACAUUUAUUGACAUGGAAGGGGAUGGGGCAAUGUCACCAGACUCUGUUGAUCUUCCUGGGACCCCAGAUCCAGAUGUGGUUGAGGAUAAGUUGUAUCAGCUACGCAAACUAAAAGAUCAGCGCUCAAGAAGUCGUGACCUUCAUGACCUCGAGGAGCGAAUGCUUCUUGAUCAACUCAAUGACGGCGAGGGCAGUAAGUCACCGAUGAAACAGAGGAAUAGAAUGCCGCUGUCCAAACAUCGGGACGUCAGAGACCUUCAGCUAGAGUAUGAGAAGCUACGUGAAAAGGAGAAUAUCAACGCUCGUCAAAAUCCACACAUGGUGUCGAGCCGUGCUGGUCGCCAGACACCGUACUCCAGGAACAGUAACUCUAGCAUGAGUAUACAUCUUGAUGAUGAAUACAGAAGAAAUCCAAAUCAGGAUCAACAGUUACGGAGCCUGGCUCAGAACCAUGGCAGACAUAUGGAAUAUUUGAACAAGAGAAAUCUUGAUUUAGAAAAACAAAGAGAAGAUAUAAGAAAACAGCUGGAGAAUCUGGGUCGUAGAACCGUUGUGCCACCACAAGACAACACGGCAGAUUUGUUAAGAGAAUUACGUGAGCAGGAAAUCAGAAAUCAGAGAGCACUUGAUGACCUUAAACGACAGUUACAUGAUCUCCAUGGAAACCAGAAAGUCAAUGUCAUAGAAAUAGAAAAGCCUGUAUAUCCACAACAACCCCCUCCCCCACCACCACCCCAGCCAGAGCCGCCAAAGAGGCCACUGGUCUUCCCGGUGUAUUAUGGGAAAUCUCUGGUAGCAGAAAUCAGUGCAAUUCGCCAGGCAUAUUUACAAAAUGGAGGUAAUGACCCGGAUGUUCUGGCACAGAUGUCACAGAUGCAGGCCGAGGCGCAGGCCAUAGAGGACCAGAUGAACCAGAAACCGGAACAUAAAUCUCCUCGAGAGAAACCAAAAGACAAUGAUGCCACAUUCAGACUCCUAGAAAUGGAGAAUGACCGGUUGAACCAACAGCUACGUCUGCUGCAGGAACAGAACAUACUAGCUCAGAACCGGAACAAAUCCGAUAAAGAAGAUGAGCUGGAACGAGAACUGAGACGGUUGCAACGUGAACAUUUAGAGAAAAUGUACGGGUUACAAAAGGAGCUUGAUGAUUUACGAAUAUUGUUGAUGAUGCAACGGAACCAGCCACCACCACCGCCCCCUACCCAGCCAAACACAAUAAUCCACCAGGCGGCUCAGCCCCCUGUUUCCUUGUUGCGAGAAAAGACACCCUGGUUAUUACAGAAACCGUAUGUCGAAGUGGAACCCAUGGCUCCUUAUGACCAAUAUUUGAAUCGGUUUGAUAAGAGGCAGGUAACUGCAGCAGCACGAACAUGGGUUGCCACACAGCAUGUGAAGGUACAUGAACGUCAAAUGUAUCCACUGAAUGAGGAUGAAUUUCAGGAUCAAAUCCAAGCAGCUGAUGAUACUGACUUCCUGGUUCCCAAUGACCUGCAGACUCUGCAGAGAUCCAGAUUAAGGUUCCAGACUCCAGCUCUUCAGUAUGAUCCAGCCUAUCAGAGAACUCCCAUGUUAACAGAGUAUGCUCAUAACCCACAAAGUGGAGAUGUAACAGACUCACUGAUUGGUCAGUCAAAUACUCAUGGGCAGACAACUCCAGCUGCCCCACCAACUAGAACCCUUAGAAGUGACACAGCAGAUGCAGGGACCAGCAGGUCAACUUGGGGUCAGCCAAUUCAGUUUGACUGUAAGGGGUUAAGUCUUAUAGACCUGUACUAACUUAGAUUUUCGGAGCUUUAGUAGCUUUUGUCACUCUGUCCUUUGCAACAUAUAUCUGAAAAUUUUGUAGAUUAAAACAAAAACAAAGAAAUGAACAGCUGAGAGAGCCUGCAACUGGAAAUGAGAGAUUUUGCCUGCUAUGUCAGCUCAGUAAGUAAACAUACAAGACAGGAGGAAGUACCUUUGAAUCUUAGUGGCAAUGAGGUAGACACCAGGAAAAAAUCAAGGAUCACUGGUUAGGCUAGCUUGCUGCAGUAUUAAAAUGAAAGAAAAUAUUAAUCCCAAUAAAUGAACAAAUUGUUGAAACUUGCGUUGAAUGGAUUGAAGAAGAUAAAGCAUUGCUGCUGUUUUACUUGCUUAUUUUUAGUCGUAUUUCCAAAACAUUUCCAAGUGUUCAUAUUCUUAUCUCCAUUGUCAUUAUGAAUUGAGAUACCUUGCAGUUAAAAAAGUCUAACAUUGAGAGAUCGCUUAACUGCUCAUGGGUUUUAUACAUAGAGAGGAACUAUGUAUUACGCUGUCCUUUCUAAAAAUUCUGCCACAGCAAGAACACAGAUGCUAGAAGAAAGUAUUAAUUGAUAUAGAUGUUGAGGUCAACAACACUUGGACAAAUUGCAAGAGGAAAAGUAAGUUGGGAACCAGUAGUGGUGGUACUGUUACAAUGCUGGUUAUUAUUCAUAUCUGGUAACAGAUACAUUCA